CCACAGUAUCCACAGAUCCGAAAAAAACAAAACAAAAAAAUUAGUCGGCUUUUGGGGCUACCUGUGCCUGGGGCGUCUGCAUGCUCGCUCAUUUUCUUACCACCAUCUCCGCCAUGGGGCGCAUGCGCGGCCCCUUGUUGUGGUGGCUACGAACACGACCGACUUUGUUGGUCGUGGCCACGAACAUGUUUCGGCGAACUGGCAGCAAGAUGGCUUCGCGUGUGUUUGCUGUGUCCGUCUCCGGGCUGGUCCGGAGGCGGGGGCCGUUGUCCUGGGCCCCGCGCGUGCGUCGCGAGUCGUCGUGGGCCUCAAUUUACACGACAGACCCCAUCGAUCCGAGCGAGGCCAAAUUCAGCAAAGUCCUCGUCGCUAACCGCGGAGAAAUCGCCUGCCGCGUCAUGCGCACAUGUCGCAGUAUGGGCAUUCGAACCGUGGCAGUGCACAGCGACGCCGACUCGCGGAGUUUGCACGUACGGAUGGCCGACGAAGCAUUCUGCAUCGGACCAGCGCCGACCAACGAGAGCUACCUGCGCGUCGACGCCAUCCUAGACGCCGUCCGGCGCUCUGGCGCCGAGGCGGUACACCCGGGCUACGGCUUUCUGUCCGAGAACAUGGACUUCGCCGCCCAGCUGACCGAUGUGGGCGUCACCUUCAUUGGACCCAACUCUAAGGCCAUUCACGCGAUGGGCGACAAAAUCGAGAGCAAGAAGCUGGCCAACGCCGCCAAAGUGAACUGCAUUCCGGGCUUCGACGGAGUGGUCAAGACCCCGGAGGAGUGCGUCAAGAUUGCCCAGGAGAUCGGCUACCCGGUGAUGAUCAAGGCAUCGGCCGGAGGGGGCGGCAAGGGCAUGCGCAUAGCUUGGAAUGACAAGGAGGCCAUCGAUGGCUUUAGGUUCUCCACGGAAGAAGCCAGGUCGAGUUUCGGUGACGACCGCCUGCUUGUGGAGAAGUUCAUAGACAAACCCCGCCACAUCGAGAUACAGCUGAUGUGUGACAAGCAUGGGAACGCAGUGUACCUCAAUGAGCGGGAGUGCUCGAUCCAAAGGCGGAACCAGAAGGUGAUAGAGGAGGCACCAAGUGUGUUCCUCGAUCCAGACACGCGUAGGGCCAUGGGAGAGCAGGCCGUGGCUUUGGCUCAGGCGGUCAACUACGACUCGGCAGGCACCGUCGAGUUCCUGGUGGACUCCAAGCGGAACUUCUACUUUCUGGAGAUGAACACGAGGCUCCAGGUGGAGCACCCCAUUACGGAAUGCAUCACCGGGGUUGACCUAGUUCACCAGAUGAUCCGGGUUGCCAAGGGCCACCCACUCAAGAUCUCGCAGAAGGACAUCCCGCUGCGUGGCUGGUCCUUCGAGGCGCGGGUCUAUGCAGAGGACCCCUACAAGCACUUUGGGCUCCCGUCCAUUGGCCGGCUCCAUCGAUACAUUGAGCCUAACCACAUUCCCAAGGUGCGUUGCGACAGCGGCAUCAUCGAGGGUAGCGAAAUCAGCAUUUACUACGACCCCAUGAUCUGCAAGCUGGUGACUUACGGGGACGACAGGGAGGCGGCACGCCAGACCAUGCUCCGAGCACUGGAUGCCUAUGUCAUCCGCGGGGUCACGCACAACGUCAGCCUUCUGCGCACCAUCAUGACAGAGCCCCACUUUGUGAAGGGCGACAUUCACACGGGCUACCUACCACUGAUCUUUCCGGACGGCUUCCAAGGGAAGCGGUACUCCGAGGUGGAGGAGAGCCACCUGGUGGGGCUUGCAGCUUCCAUCUACGUGCAGGACGAGCUGCACGCACGCGACUUCCUGCAAGGCGAGAAAGUGACCGCCAGCGAAACCUUCUCGUUCUGGGACGUCGAGGUGCUCUUUGGCGACCGAAAGGUGGCUGUGACAGUCGUGGUCAACAAGAGUGGCUGCUACUCCGUGACGGUUGGGGGGCACCAACUGGACGUGACCAUUCCAGCAGACGUUUCCAAGCCGACGGUGGCUGCCGAUGUCUCUGGCACCGAGUACACGCUUCAGCUGCUGCAGCGGGACUUUACGGGCACCAUGAAGCUGGUGUUUCAGGGCAUAGCGCUAGAUGUGACGGUGCUCACCAGGGAAGCGGCCCAGUUCCUCGACCAGAUGCCCGAGAAGCCCAAGCUGGACACAAGCAAGGUGGUGGAGGCUCCCAUGCCGGGACUGGUGAAGCUGGUGUCCGUCAAGGUGGGCGACAUGGUUGGGGAGAACCAGGAGGUGUGUGUCAUUGAGGCCAUGAAGAUGCAGAACAGUCUGGUGGCGGCGGCCAUGGGCAAGAUUAAGGGCGUCUUUGUCAAAGCUGGUCAGACCGUGGACGAAGGUCAACUGCUGGUGGAGCUAGAGUGAUGCUGAGCAUUCCGAGGUAUCCACUGUGUUGGAAUAAAUGCGCCGGAGCAGCGGUUCUCAUUCUUGCCAGUUGCUUCUAUUCCCGGCCUGGGAUGGUUUGGCAAAUCCUGGGAAUGCGCUACUUGGUUUUGCAUUAUAUUGAUUAUACUGCUAUGUUAUACAUUAAACAAUACUGUUAAGUGGC